CCCACCCUGCCCGCGCCCGCCGAUCCCCGCCCCGAGGUCCCUCCCCAGCCCACGCGUGCCCAGGGGCCGGCCGGGAAGCAGACGCUCCUGCGGUUCACCUGCUCCCCGCCAUGGGCCUCGCUGCGCUGCUCAGGUCGCAGUUCCUGUGCCAUCUUGUCUUCUGCUACAUCUGCGCAGUCUUCAUCGUUUCGGGGCUUAUCGUCAACGUGCUACAGCUGUUCACGCUCCCGCUCUGGCCCUGGAAGAAGCAGCUGUUCCGUAGGAUCAACUCGCGCCUGUCCUACUGCGUCUCCAGCCAGCUGGUGAUGCUGCUAGAGUGGUGGUCAGGCACCGAGUGUGUUCUCCACGCGGACCCCCAGGACUCCUCCCUCUUUGGCAAGGAGAAUGUCAUCGUGGUGCUCAACCACAAGUACGAGAUCGACUUUCUGUGCAGCUGGGCUCUGGCCGACCGCUUUGGGAUGCUGGGGACUGCCAAAGUCAUGGCCAAGAAGGAGCUGGCCUAUGUGCCCAUCAUCGGCUGGAUGUGGCACUUCACCGAGAUGGUUUUCUGCACUCGGAAGUGGGAUCAGGACCGUAGUGCUGUCACGAACAGUCUGCUGCGCCUGCGUGACUACCCUGAGACUUUCUUUUUCCUGAUCCACUGCGAGGGGACGCGCUUCACGGAGCGGAAGCACCAGGCUAGCAUGCAGGUGGCCCGCGCCAAGGGGCUGCCCAGCCUCAAGCAUCACCUGCUGCCCCGCACUAAGGGCUUUGCUGUGACUGUGAAGAGCCUGAGGAACGUUGUUUCAGCUGUAUAUGACUGUACACUCAAUUUCAGAAAUGACCAGAGCCCCACGCUCCUGGGCGUCCUCAGUGGCAAGAAAUACCACGCGGACAUGUAUGUCAGGCGGAUCCCCCUAGAGGAAGUUCCGGAAGCAGAGGACGAGUGCUCGGCUUGGGUGCACAAGCUUUACCAGGAGAAGGACGCCAUCCAGGAGGAGUAUGCCCAGACAGGCACGUUCCCCGGGACGCCUCUGGUUCUCGCACGCCGACCCUGGGCACUGCUCAACUGGCUCUUCUGGGCCUGCCUGCUGCUCUGCCCCUUCGUCUACCUCCUGCUCAGCCUGGCCCGCAGUGGCUCUUCCCUCACGCUGGCCAGCUGUGUCCUUGUCUUCUUCAUGGUGUCCAUGGGUGUGCGAUGGAUGAUUGGGGUGACGGAGAUCGACAAGGGCUCGGCCUACGGUGACAUGGACAACAAGCAAGGACAUGGCGACUGAAGAGGGGAUUCCCCUGCUCCCCAGUGCCAGCAUGUAGCCCUGUGUGUGUAGGGGCACUGCAGGUGAAGACAGACUGGCCCGGGGGGUUAUCCAAGCCUCGACCCAACUCGACUCCAUCUAGAGACUUCCAGGGUGCAAGGGCAGAGGGAAUGAGCGUGUGCUCCCGACCCUUGGGCUGAGUUAUCAGUGCUUUGGAAAGACAAAAUGCCACCC